AUGAGUCAAGAUGCUUCAUAUAUUGUUUCCUCUGCUUUUAUUGUUGCCACAAUUUUUUUGUUUGUGGGACUCAUCACAAACUUGUUCAUUGUAAUUUCCAGUUGCCAGAAUUGGAUGAAAAGUCAUAGAAUUAUUCCUUCUGACAAGAUCCUGGUCAGCCUUGGUAUUGUACGAUUUCUUAGGAUGGCACUGCUGCUCCUGUACUAUCUCUUCCUCUUCAUCUCUCCGGCUCUUCUCAGGUCAGUCCACGCAACUACUUUCCUUGUGGUGUGCUGGAUGUUUUUGGACUCUUGUAGUCUGUGGUUUGUGACCUUGCUGAACACUUUGUACUGCGUGAAGAUUUCUAACUUCCAACAUUCAGUGUUUCUCCUGCUGAAACAAAAUCUCUCCUCGAAGAUUCCUGAGCUACUGCUGGGCUGUGUGCUGAUUUCUGCCUUUCUCACCUUCCCAUAUAUUGUGCUCAGAGAGACGUCACCCACUUCAGAACCCAUGUUUGUAAAAAAUGGCACAGAGUUAGACCUGAAAGAGGACGUUUUAUUUUUGCUGACCUCUUUUGUCCUGAGUUCAUGUCUGCAGUUCAUCAUGAAUGUGACAGUGGCUUCCUUGCUAAUAAAUUCCUUGAGGAGACACAUUCAGACGAUGCAGAGAAGUGCCACCGACUUUUGGAAUCCCCAGAUUGAAGCUCAUGUGGGGGCCAUGAAGUUGAUGAUCUAUUUCCUCAUCCUCUACAUCCCUUGCUCUGUUGCUACUCUGUUCCUUUAUCUACCUUUCUCUGUUAAGAUGACUUUGGUAGUCAAAUUGAUUUGUAUGAUUAUUUCUACCUUUUAUCAUCCGGGACAUUCUAUUCUCAUUAUUCUCACACAUCCUAAACUGAAAACAAAAGCAAAGCAGAUUUUUUGCUUCAACAAAUAG